CUCCUUGCUACGUCACCACAGCUCUGACACAACAACAGCUCGUAUUGAUUUGUUUCCUCUUUAGCAUUAGCAUCCGCGACGUAGCCACUGAUAAACUGAACGUUUAGAAAACUUAAUCGGAGGUCCAAUGUUAAUCUGUGGUCUAUGUUAUCUGUGUUUUGGCGUUACUGUCCGCUAAAGGCAGCAAUAACAGAACUGCCGACGCGCUGUUAGCUGCCAGGCUGCUAGCUAGCUAAUAGCUAACAUCGGUGAUCCAGCAGAGAAAGAUGGGGUCCAUCCUGAGCCGCAGAAUCGCUGGUGUGGAGGAUAUCGAUAUCCAGGCUAACUCGGCCUACCGUUUUCCACCAAAAUCUGGGAAUUAUUUUGCAAGCCACUUCUUCAUGGGAGGAGAGAAGUUUGACACGCCACAUCCAGAGGGAUACCUCUUUGGAGAAAACAUGGACCUGAAUUUUCUUGGAAAUAGGCCGGUACAGUUUCCAUAUGUGACACCUGCACCCCACGAGCCAGUGAAAACUCUGAGGAGUCUUGUCAACAUCAGAAAGGACUCUCUGCGUUUGGUCAGAUACAAAGACGACUCUGACCCAGUGGCUGAAGACGGGGGAAAACCAAAGGUUCAGUACGGCGUGGAGUUCACCUUCGAUGCUGAUGCCCGGGUGGCCAUCACGCUCUACUGCCAGGCGUUUGAAGAGUUCUCCAAUGGGAUGGCAGUGUACAGCCCGAAGAAUCCAUCACUGGUGUCUGAAACUGUGCAUUACAAGCGAGGGGUGAGCCAGCAGUUCUCCAUGCCGUCUUUCAAAAUCGAUUUCAGCGAGUGGAAGGAGGAAGAUCUGAACUAUGACCUGGACCGAGGAGUGUUUCCCAUGGUGAUCCAGGCCGUGGUUGAUGAAGGCGACGAUUGCCUCGGACAUGCACACGUGCUAUUGGCAGCCUUUGAAAGACAUGUUGAUGGCAGUUUCUCAGUCAAGCCUCUGAAGCAGAAACAAAUCGUGGACCGUGUGAGCUACCUUUUACAGGAGAUCUAUGGCAUCGAGAACAAGAACAACCAAGAAACAAAGCCGUCAGAUGAUGAGAACAGCGACAACAGCAACGAGUGUGUCGUGUGUCUGUCCGACCUGCGAGACACACUCAUCCUGCCCUGCAGACAUCUGUGUCUGUGCAACUCCUGCGCAGACACUCUGCGUUACCAGGCCAACAACUGUCCCAUCUGCAGGCUGCCUUUCAGAGCCCUGCUGCAGAUCAGAGCGGUGAGGAAAAAGCCCGGCGCUCUCUCCCCCGUGUCUUUCAGCCCCGUUCUGGCUCAGACCAUGGACCACGACGAACACUCGGGCACAGACUCGGUCCCUCCCGGCUUUGAGCCCAUCUCACUGUUGGAAGCUCUGAACGGUCUGCGGUCAGUGUCUCCUGCCAUUCCAUCCGCCCCCCUCUAUGAUGACAUCAACUUCUCGGGGGGUGUGGGAGGUGACGGCCGGCAGCUGAGCUCCCCCGAGCAUUUAAGUGACGGCAGUCUGCAGAAAGGCAAAGUCAGCAAGUCGCCUGACAGCACCCUUAGGUCUCCAUCCUCUCCCAUCCAGGAGGAAGAUGAGGAGAAGUUGUCCGAGAUGUCCGACGCUCAGCCACACACGCUGCUGUCCAGCAGCCCCGCCCCCACAGACGCCACAGCGACCGAGGACGCUGCAGAAUCCCUAUCUCCAGAUGAUGAGGACAGGCCCCCUUCUGGAGAAGACAUCCUUCAGGACUGCAGCAGUGAGCACAGCAGCUUGACCAAAACAGAGAGCGACCCAGCGGGUGACUUGUCUCUGCCAGCUCUAGGUCCUGAUUCCUGCUCUAUUGGUAUGGAGGAAUAACUGUGGCUCAUCCGAGUCAACAGAAAGCCUGAAGAGUCAGAGCACAAACUGCUCCAGCCAGCCUCUCCUGUGUCCCGCGAGCAGCCUUCAUCUGGAGGACGAGCACCUCGACCCCUGACUCUAAUGCAACAUUUACACCCCCCCCCCCCCCCCCCCCCCCCCCCCCUCGUCCUUCAGAACUGAUUUCCUCUCUACAAAAAAGAUCAUUCAGUCCCUCUAUUCCUUUCCCUCUCGCAAUCCUCCCGUGUGGUCAGAGCUGACGUCGGGCCCCUGAAAGGAAACCCCUCAGGACAUGGGAGGACUCUUGUUCAUUCCUUCAAUGUCUUUGACUUUAGAAAAGAAAUUUGACACCACACAAAGAUGUUCCCUGUGUCCCAAAACAUUUCAGCUCCUGUCAGGUGGUGGUGAGUUGUGUGUGUGUGUAAGUCGGAGUAGCCGUGUAGUAAUAACGUGGAUUCCAAUGAAAUUUCACUACCGGUUAUGGUGGUGCUUUUUAAGCACACUUAAGAGAAAUGAACUCUGUAUCAGCUGUUUGACACCAAGUUCAGAAGAGUUUGUAAACUAAGUUUAGAUAUUGUAUCCAUCAGUGACAUACAUGAAUAACUUUAACUUGUUUUUUCCAGCAAUUUGCUUUGAGUUAUGAGCAGAAAUCUAAAAAAAAACUAAAAAAAACAUGAAUUAUAUGUCUGUGUGUCUAUUUGAAGUGAUUUUGCACUCCACAACAAAAUCGUUUAUAAUCCAUUCCUUAUAACAAAGAGUUUAUAAUGAGACUAGUUGAAGUCGUAUGCAGUCUCAAACAUCUUCAUGUCUGUUUUUUUUUAUUCUAUCUAUGUGAUAUCUAUGUAUCCUAACUACUAGAAUCAUGUAUAGUAACUUCCAAAUGGUAUACUAUAUUGCUUAUUCAAAGAGAUAAUGAAGAAAUAGAGCUACGUUCAAGGACGAUGCACAUUAUUUAAGCGUCAACAUGCUAUAGAGUUACAUCCUAACAGCUGAGCACAAAGAGAGCUAACAAACUGCAACAAGCGUAGAUACUCCAGCUACAUACAUGCUGACACAUUAUGACACAUUGUGCUUGUCGUAGAUGUGGCAGAUGUCUGUACAGUCUUUUUGUGGCAAUGCCGGUGUCUGCUUAUGUGGUAUAGCUUAAAAAAAAAAAAGGGGGGUCAGGUGCUUAAAUUUCUUACCUUGGUCCUGUAUGUGUAGCGCCAUGCAUAUAGAUCUUUGUGCCUUGACUUGAUUAUGGCUGCCUGCUUGUUGCAUUGGACAUUAGUGUUCUUAUUAAUGCCACAAACAAUACAUAGCUGUUUCCAGCCCAUAGACAGGAUUUUUGAUGCUGAUGUACAGAGCCCUUUUUUUUUUUUUUCUAUCGCAAACCUCAUGCUACUGGAAAAAAAAAAGUAUCGUCUUAUUGUUUUUUUUGCAAUAUUAAUUUGAAGUGUUCGUUGACUUUUGUUAUGACUGUGUAUCAAAUAUGCAUUAAAGGUUUGUAUUAAGGUUGUUUGAUCGGAAAGGAACACACCCAAUGCACUAAAUGCAAAACGUUGCAUUUCAACAAUUUGGGCUAGCAUUUGCAUGUGAAUUUGUAAAGGUCUGAAACAUUUCAUUGCUUUUUUAUUGAGAUGGUUAUUUUGUCUUUUUAUCCCUCUUUUCUUCUGUGCCAUUUCAACUUGACACCGUGCCUUCCUCUUCCUGUUCUGACCACGGUUGACCUGGUAUCCAGGAUCACUCCACAGUAGGUGGUCUGUGGCUCUCUGUUCAAAUCAGUUCCUGUCUCUCCUCGUGUGUAUAACAGCAUGUGAAUAACAAUAAAGACCAAUGAUUCAGUA